AUGCGUUCCAAGUUUAAGGACGAGCACCCCUUUGAGAAGCGCAAGGCGGAGGCCGAGCGUAUUCGCCAGAAGUACACUGACCGAAUCCCGGUUAUCUGUGAGAAGGUCGAGAAGUCAGAUAUCGCUACCAUCGACAAGAAGAAGUACCUUGUCCCAGCCGAUCUCACAGUAGGCCAGUUCGUCUAUGUCAUUCGCAAGCGCAUAAAGCUCUCUCCAGAGAAGGCGAUCUUCAUCUUUGUGGAUGAGGUUCUGCCACCCACUGCUGCCUUGAUGAGCAGUAUUUAUGAAGAGCACAAAGACGAAGAUGGGUUUCUUUACAUCACAUACUCUGGUGAGAACACCUUCGGCGACUUUUGA